AUGAGGAGCUGGCCUGCCACGUCCUUUGUCUUGGAUUGCUCCAAUGAGUCCAUCAACAGCUUGGAUCCAGAUUGCAUGCGGUUGCGAGAUCUCUUCGUGGGCAAGGAGGUUUUAGGCUCCAGUGUCACCGAAGACUGUGGCAUUCCGUACGAGACAGAGAACCCCUUCAAGCGCGUUAAGCGAGUGAUCUACGUUCACGACUCUCGUGAUGGAUUGUGGUAUCAUUGCUGUGAAUAUCGGCCUCCCUUUGGCUAUUUUUCUCACCGGACUCCCGCACCAAAGUUGGAAGCUGAAGACGUGAGUUUGGGAUCCAUGGCCAUGAAGUUCGCUUCGGGCCUUUUCUCCAAAAAGAAAAGUAGCACGAGUUCGGAGCAACUGCCGGUUGGACAAGCGCCAGAAACAGAAGGCGACUUCCAGGAACAGCCGCAAGGACCCUUGUUGCAGUGCAAUGUCUUCGAAAACUUGAAGUUGGUGCAGAACAAGGACAUCGGUUCGCGAGAGAGUCUUGGAGAUAUGCCCACGAGGUGUAUGGGCGACGAGGCGGUGCUGCUGCGUCGCUUCACCGGCGGCUCCAAACGCAAGGAGCCCCAGAACCCCUUGGAUCCAACAGGGCUUCCCAAGGACACAGAGUGUGUGGACGUUGGGCCUAAAGGGACCCCAACAGUUCUGGGAAAAAACUACGCGGUCUUCAUGCUCCAAGCCCCAUGGCCUGCGUGGCCGUUGUCUUCUUUGGUUGUGGCGAAGUUCAACAUCAGAAGGGAGAAUCGCAGCUUCCGUCGUGGCCUUGAGAGCAGAGAUACAUGGAUCGCCCUCAGAUUUGUGUCAGACUAA